GCUGCGGAUUGUAAAUAAAUAACGCCACACGUUUCCUGGCUGCUCGUCGGUGACUUUAUGGUCAUUGUAGCAUAAUCCUCAAUCCUCGGUGCAGUCAUCGGGAGGACAAACCCUUCAUGUAAACUGCACCUAUUAUCAAGCAGAAGAUAAUCCUCACCAUAGUAAAGAGAUCUCAGAAUUGUUUGAUUGUAUAAAGCUGAGUAGGCCAAAGGCUUACCUUAAGGUUCACAAUGACAAAAAGUGCUAAAGCAAAGAAAAACAAAAAAGCAGAUUUUGCAAAAGUGAAGCUCAAAGUUGGGAAGAAACUGAAGAAAGCUCAAAAUGAAACAAAGACUGAUUUCAAGGCACGGAAAAUCAUCAUAAAGGAGCAACUGGAAAAAAAGUCUGACCAGAGUCUUCUUACAAAAAAGAAGCAUAACAUUAAGGAAUUAUUGUCAAGGUUAAGUCAUAGCAGUGCUUUUGUACGUCAAGAUGGCGUAAAUGGGUUGCUGGAGAUAGUUAAGAAACAUGAGUUGCCGAUCCUUGAGCCUAACCUGCCAACAAUGAUACAAGGACUAGCCCCAGCAUUGUUCGACACAGAUGCACUCAUCAGAACCUCUGCUAUCAAAUUCAUGGAAGUUCUUAUCAUAAAGGUGGGGUCCAAUAUUGCACCAUACUUCAACAUAAUUGCAACCCACUUGUCUUGUGCUAUGGUUCACCUCAACAUCAGUGUACAGGGAGACUCACUCAAACUGAUGAAGGUGCUCAUCAAGCACACUCCUGCCCUUAUUGCCUCCCAUGCAAAUACGCUGCUCAAGAACUUUGUUGACCUCAUCUCCAGAAAGGCUUGCAGCACACAGAUGACUCCUGAAAGGACACCAAACAUGGUGGACUUUUCUCGCAUUUUACAUGUCAAUCCUAGCAACAAUUUAACGGGUCACAGAUGGCGGCUACAGUUACUGCAGGAGCUAUCCAACUUCUUAGAGGCUAUUCUCCGGGCGCAGAGACAUAUUGAAGAGCAAUUGCCAGUCACCAUCUGGCAGACCAUUGUGGUUGGGAGCGUGCCACCAGUGGAGUGUGGAGACGCGACAUGGAAGGCUGCACAGGAUGCUUGGCUCUUCUCUCACCCGGAACAGCUGAAGCAAUUCUCUCUCUCCAUUAUUCCUCUGCUCUUUCAAAUUUGGGCAGAAGUUGAACCUGAAGGAAAUGAUGAUUAUGCAGGUGGAAAUGCCUUGAGUGAGGAAGGUGUGGCCACUCUUAGCUGUAUUAUAAGAAUCAUUACACAGCUCUGGCACAUCACGCAGGCUUGCAUGAAUCACCACCCUUCACAGUGCACGUGGUUUAUGGCUGAGUUGAAAUCCAAAUACAUGCUUAAUAUUAUGUCUGGAUUCCCUUAUUACUGCCAUCUGACACCAGUUCAAAAGAAGAAGAAACUCAAAACAACAGAAAGGACAUUGCAAACUGAAGCAGAGGACAAUUUACAACACUGUGAUGAUCUUAAUGUGUCCCUAGCUGUUUUUGCUAUGCAGAUAUCGUCCUCUGAAGACUUUUCAGAGAAGGCGGUGAAUUUCCUUGCAAGACUGCUUCGUGAUGGAAAUCGUGAUGGACGGUACAAUUUGGGUGCUGUAGUGAAUAUUUUGUUAGAUCUACUUCAAGUAGCCCCUGAAAAACAAGCUGAAAGUCUACUUAAUGCUGCUCAGACUUGCUAUGCUCGUCUGCAUCCACUCAAGAAGGACCGUGCUCUCUUACUUCAGAUUCUUCUUGCUGCCACCGACCUUGACCAUCCUCAACUCUGGAAAUGUGGCAGCAACAGUGUGUGGGUAGAUCAAGUUGUAGCAGACUUGAUUGGUGGCAAUGUGCGAGAAAGCCUUCUCCAGGCUGCUAUCAUAAUUCGUCUACGUGGCAACACAAAGCUUCAGCAAUUAGUUCUUGCUAAAAAAGAUGAAAUAAGAGAAUCAAUUCUAAGCAAAGGCGUCCAAGGCAUGACCACACAAGAAGUAAAUGAAAAGUUACUAUUACUUCUGAAGGACUGCUAUUAAUAUGUAUCAUAUAUACAUAUUUAAAUAAAAAAUGCUUCUUUACAUGGUGUUA